CUGUCCUGAGUUUAGAACUCUUUACAGUUGCUGAGGUGUUAACACUGUUGGUCAUCCUCUGCUCAUCAUCCAACCAAUCAUGCGGUCUGCUCUGAUCCUUCUGCUGUGCGUCCUGGGAGCAGCCCUGUGGUCCGGCGCGUUGGCCAACAAUGCAAAUCUUCCUGAAGAAUGCUGUUUCAAGUAUUACACAAGAAAAAUCCCCAGACAAUCCAUCAGGGAAUAUGAAAUGACAAGAUCUGACUGCUCUAAGAGGGGAGUCAUCUUGUUCACAAAAAAGAACUUCCGCUUCUGUGCCAAUCCAGACGACCCUACGAUUGAGAAGAUCAUGAAGUCCAUCGACGAGAGUAAAUUCUAGAACCACUUCCCAGGAAGAAGGCUAAACGGUCAACUCCUGCUCCUACUUCCUUUUCAGCUCUGCGUAAAAUAACUGCUUUUUUUUUACAUGUAGUGACAAAGUGUCAAUUGAUAUGCUAGCAAUCAUAGUGAUAAUUUAGUAAAUGUGUAACACGUGUAUCAGAUAUAAUGAUCAUGUUAUGAACAGGAAAUUCAUUUUAUCACUCAACAAAAGGGUUUACUGAUAAAAGGACUCAUUUGACUCACUUCACAAAAAAAGGCAGAGAGGAAUUUCUUACUUGCAUGAGUACAGGUGACUGACGUUUACCUCAGUGACCUGACAAUUUCACUUAACUCCUAUUUAUAGCAUACCAUGAAAAUACAAAUCAGGUCAAUGGAAAAUAGUGGCACUAAGUAAUAAUAGUAAUAAUAAAACAAAUACGGUUUCUUGUUGUUGACCAAUCGGUCAUAUAAAAAUCAAUGAUCUACCUUGGGGGUAUUUGAGUGUCUGUGGAAAGUGUGG